AAUUGUGUGACGUUGAUUAUCGCUGAAUCUCGCGAGAUUUUGUCGAGGCUGGCUUCAGCAGACUAGCAACUAGCAAGUAUCUCGUCUGUCGCGAGUUGCUGCUGCUGCUUGCAAUCUUGUUCUUGAGCAAAAACAAGGAGAGCAAGAAGCAGACGCUUCCCCGUGGGACGCCAUCGCGUCGCUGUGCGUCCUGCACCUCCGCGCUCGUCUCGUUCGAGCUCGGCCCCGCUGACGGACGCCUGAGCGCGGCUGUGAUUUGCAGGAUGCGGCCUCCCACAUGUGGCCACGCCAUUGCCGCCUGACCGCUGCCAGGAAUCAUGGAUGUCGUCGGGAUCAUGUAGCCACACACCAUAGGCUCCCAUGAUGCAUCGCGGCCCGUGAGCGGUGGACUUGGCACUUCACUGUAAACGAUCGGACGCCCAUGCAGCCUUUCCUGCAUCUGUGCGGUCUCACAAGUCAGGACUGAUCUGAUUGGACGUUGUCGGCAGGAGAAUGAAUGGCUCGCUUUUAACUCCUCCCAGCCCGCGGGCCACAAACUCCUCCCCCUUGCCCCCAUCACCCUCCCCUUCGCCGUCCCCGCCAUCGCCCUCUCUGCUGCCCCUGUCGCCCCGGCCACCCCCCCUCCCUCCUCUGAUGAGCCCGCCGCCCCCGACCCACCCGUCCUCACUGUCGGACACGCCCACGCCUUCACCCUCUCCCUGCCUCAGCUGGACUGAAUUCUGUGAGCUUCAUGCCCGCGUGGCGGCCGGCGACUUUGCGCGCCACUUCCGGGCGUUUCUCUUGGAGAACCCGCACUAUUCGUCUGACUCAGCCGCCGCCUUCUGCCGCCGCUUCAUGGAUCGCUUCGUCCGCCACUUCCAGAGCGAACUGGAGGGGGCACCGCCACUCAGUGGCACCUCUGGCAGAGAGGAACUGGUGAGCUGGGCUCCCCAGUCGGACGCCACCUCUCUGGAAGAAGAGGCCGCGUCCCCCUUGUCGGUGUCCGGAGGAGCCGUCCCGCCCUGCUCCACUGCUAACGUGGCUCUGCAGGCCUCCAAAGAGGCACCCACGUGCCUCCUGCUGGACGGCCGCAGCGGCGACAGAUUUCAAGACUCCUACGCCCGCGGCCAGGUCCUGCCUCCGUCUUCGUCGUCAUCGUGCUGCUCCUCUGUGGGAGGCAACAAUGGCAGGCGGGACGACAGGGGCACUGCAGCAAUGGGCGGGAACGGGGACGCAUCUGCCGUGGAAGAGGAGGACAGCUGGCCUGGUCCAGUGUCAAUGGGGGAGGAGGUGGAGGGGCGGGAAGCGGACGGCGGCGAGGUGGACUUCUCCGAUGCCUCACGCAUGCCUAAUACGCCCCCGCCCGGCUCCAAAGGGACCGCCCCUGGCUCCGUCUCUAAAAACAAAGUGAAAAAGCGUUUCUCGCUGCGCAGUGUGGGGCGCAGUGUGCGUGGGAGCGUGCGAGGUAUCCUGCAGUGGCGGAGCUCUUCCAGUGACUCGGGGCCAAGCCCGCUGCCUGCCAGCUACAGCUACAACAUGGGCGUGCACGAUGCCGCCCCGACCCGAAAUGCUACCACCCAGCCUCCAACGCCCACCUCCUCCAUGCCCGUCUCUCUUUCUAUGCCCCUGUCCCUGCCCCACUCGUCUUCGUCGUCCCUGCCCCCAUCAUCGUCCAGCAGUGCCACCUCUCUGUUGCUUUCCGACGCCGCCCGGGACCGCCGGCGGAGCAACGGCGAAGGCGGCGAGAAGGACAAGUGGAGCCACCGUUUGGAAAAACUGCGACUGACUCGAUCUCCGCCCCCUGUCCUCACACCGAGCACCGCCACCGCGUCUUCUGUGCUGCCACCUAGCGGCGGCACCACUGCCAACGCGCCGCCCAGGAAGGUCGGUCGGCUGGUUCGAGAAGGCGGAGUGAGCGUCAGUUCAUCCAACGAUGAGCUGAGCGGAGGUCACAGCUUCCCGGGCUUUUCCUUUGUUCUCCCUCUUCACGGCCUCGACAACAACAACACGGCGGCCGCGGCUCCCGUGGCGGCUGCGGUGGGCGGCGGUAACAUGCCCUGGAGGGGCGGACGCUGGCACAAGUGUCGUCUGGUCCUCCGAGAGCGGGAACGGGAAGGCGGGCGAGGCGACGAGUACUACUUAGAAUUUUUUAUCCCACCCAAGGCGUCCAAACCGCGGCGGACGGUGGCGUGUGGCGCCAUCCUGGAUGUGAGGAGCACCACGGCGCUGGAGGUUCCCGACAAGGAAAACAGCUUUCUGCUGCAGUUGGAAGGCACCAUCCAGUAUGUGAUUGAGACGCGUGACGCUGUCCAGAUGAGGGCGUGGCUCAGCGACAUCCGCCACGGAAUCUGUCUCAGCAGGCAGGAAGAUGCCGACUGUGGCGGCUUGCCGGACAUCAGUGGCACGCCAGAGAUUAUCGACCGUCUGUCGCAAGUGUGCUACGGCGGCGUGGCGGGGUCCUCCCCGCCAAUGGAUCCUCUUCCACCCGAAUUGCCGCCGCGAGCUCCACUGGACGAACCCGACGCGCGUGUCCUCGGAGGGGGCGGGGCUAGCCUGAGCACGCCGUUUGCAGAGACGCCAGACGCGACAGGCUCCUUCCUUUUUUCUGAGGUGAUUGUGGGCGAGGCUCCGGAGCACCCGCUCAGCGAGUGCCAGUGGUUCCACGGCACCUUGUCGCGCCUCAAAGCCGCCCAGUUAGUGUUGGCGGGCGGGCCGGCCAGCCACGGCGUCUUCCUGGUACGCCAGAGCGAGACGCGGCGUGGCGAAUACGUUCUCACCUUCAACUUCCAGGGGAAGGCCAAGCACCUGCGCCUGUCGCUGAACGAGGACGGCCAGUGCCGCGUGCAGCACCUUUGGUUCCAGUCCAUCUUCGACAUGCUGGAGCACUUCCGCGUGCACCCCAUCCCCCUGGAGUCGGGCGGCGCCUCCGACGUCACGCUCAUCAGCUUUGUGGGUGCUGCUGCCGUCCGCCAGCCAGACUUGACCAGCAGACCCCGUAGCCCCCCUCAGCCGCCCCCAAUGCCGCCGGGACGCCCGCCACCCCCGACGCCGCCUCAGGAGAGAGGACGAGAGACAGAGCCGGAGGCGACGUCGGCAGCCGCAGCAAGCGCCGGCAGCGGGGCGGGAAGCGGCAGCGCGGCGGAGGACUGGGACGACCGUGACGCGCCGCUGCACCAGCUGGAAGCGGCGGCGGCGGAAGAAGAAGAGCUGGAGGCCGCCCGGGCGCCCCGAGCCGUGGACAACCAGUACUCCUUUUUCUGAGGAGGCAGUCGUAACACUAAACGAGCGAGAGCCAGACCAGACCAGACGAGACAGACGCACGCCGAGAGCAGCUUACGACACUAACGAGUGCCACGCUACUUUGGCCUCAGCGUACACGCGUACCUCAUAUGUCCGCCGCUUGAUCUUCACAAACACCUCAUACAAACCUGCGCAUGUAUGAACCAUUGAAAUCCUCUGUGUGUGUGUGUGUGUGUGUGUGUGUGUGUGUGUGUGUGUGUGUGUG